CAACAACGGCCACUUGCAGAAAAAGCUGUCACCAGUCACAAGACCUACACAGAACCACACCCAAAGUCUUGACGUACGCACAUAAUUGUCACAGAGAGCCUAUAUAGCGUCUAUAUCGCGCACCUCUGCCCGCCUCCUCAUCCUCUACCCCGCCAACGAGCUCGCCGCCGCACCGAGAGUGCAUCAUCGUCCAUCAUGGCUGAAGCAGCUUUCGCCAAGACGUUCCUCACAACGAUCGACUCACGACCCAUCAAAUUACCUGCCGAUCAUAUCGAAGAUGCCAAAAAGUUCCCUGCCCGACCACCUUAUAUCCUCCCCCGCAUGCCUAACCCCAUGAGCAAGGCUAGCAGUGCUGCUGCGCUACCCGGAUCCGAGCCGAGCAUCAAGGUCAUCCUCCGCAGCUUGCGCAACCCGCCGAUUGACAUCUCCUUGUCGUCGCAGCCCCUCACAACAUCACUCCACGAUGUGAAACAAGCUGUUUCGUCACAAGCUCGAAUCCCUGCCGACAAAAUCAAGCUAUUGGUUAACAAACGACCGGUACAAGACACCAAAAUCCUGCGCGAUGUUCUCGGCAUUGAGGACGGCGCCGCUGUUCCGAAGUCCAUUGAGUUUGCGGUCAUGGUCCUUGGUGGAGCCGCAUCUGUGUUGCCAGCCGAGGAUGAGAAGAAGGCACCAGUCGCAGGAGGGCCAAUGCCAGUCGACGAUAGUUUCUGGGCAGACUUGAAGGCCUUUUUGAUGCAGCGUUUGAAGGAUGAGAGUUUGGGUACAGACAUGGCGGAAACAUUCAAGUCGAGGUGGGCAUCUAGGACAUCUGCUCCGUGAAAAAUAGCUUUUAAAAUAGGAGGGCGUCAGAGGAAGAACUAAUACUACUCAAUUUCACGUUGAGCAAAAUCACACAUAUUGAGAGAAUUUUGAUUGAUCGUUUUUUUUUAAUGCCGGUAAAUCAUCUGCGGCAUUAUUUUUGUGUGACAAUGCACCCGCGCCAUGCCACUUUCGUCUAUAAAAGCACACAUGAGAGGUUCAUUUUACACGUCUAAUCCUCCGCUAACGAUGCUUCCUCCAGAUCAUAAUCGUAAUCCACUUGUUCUUUUAGUCGAUCAAACAUCGAUUCAGGACUUUAGAGGCCGUCUAGCAGCGAAGUUUGGAGUGAAUCGUGAGAACAUUUAGGCGAGGCCCUUGGAGACGGUCUUAAUGAUGCCGUCGUAUUCAAUGUCGUCGGAAUCGUUGGCCUGAAGCUCAGUAGCAAGACCAGUCAAAGAACGCUUCAGCGCCUCCUUGGACGAAGCGUAAAUCAUCUUGGCCUAUUAUAAUGUUAGCUCACCAUCCUAAUCUGAAGCGAAAGAGUGGACCGACC